GAUAAGAGACGCGUGUAUAUUGCUUACUCUACCCUCAUCAUCAGAUAAUCCUGUAGAUCCAAAUAAAUUGAAAAAGCCUAAAACUAUUUCACAAGUGAUCUCAUUUCUAUCGGACACUGAAUUAGAACCUACCACAGGAGUCAGAAUUUUCGAACAGCUAGGUGUUUUCUAUUUGAAUGUAAAAGAAGCAAAAGAA